AUGAAGAACUUUGUUACUCCGUCGAUUCCCAACUUGCCUCAUUUACGCGGUUUGAAACUUGCGCAACCCGUUUCAAGUAUUGACUCUUUCACAGUUUCUUUAUUGAUUGGAGCAGAUUUCUAUUGGGACUUCGUCGAAGAUCACGUUAUACGCGGCCCAGGCCCAACCGCUGUAAGUUCUAAGUUUGGAUACUUACUUUCCGGCCCAAUCCAUCAAGGAAUAUCAUCGGAAACUAACACUACCACAUUACAUGUCAUGACACAUGUAUACGAAGAAGAAUCUAAACUACAAAGUUAUUGGGAUUUAGAAACAAUCGGGAUCAAAGAUGACUCGUCGAAAUCGGACAUUAAUGUUGAUAACUUCGAAAUCUUUCGUGAUACUCAUCUGCGAGUGGAAAACGGGAAGUACAUAGCUUGGUUACCCUGGAAACGUGACCACCCACCGCUUCCCACCAACUACGACAUCACUGAGAAACGCACUCGCGCCAUGGUCCGUAAAUUGACACCGGAACUUUUACAAACUUACGAUAAAAUCAUCAAUGAUCAGAAAUGCCGAAACUUCAUUGAAGAAGUAAAAGAUGACGACAAUACACGUGGCCAUUAUUUACCGCACCACUCAGUGAAAAAGGAUUCAAUUACAACGCCUACAUGUAUACGAGUAGUUUACGAUUGUAGUUGUAAAUCGUGUGAUUCUCAGAGUCUAAAUGAUUGUUUAGAAACUGGACCCUCCCUUCUGAAUGAUCUCACUUCAAUUCUACUUCGCUUCUGCGUCAACCGCUUUGCAUUAACUAGUGAUAUAGAGAAGGCGUUUUUGCAGGUUGGAUUAGAGAACGAUGAUCACGAGUUUACCAAGUUCAUGUUGCUAAUGGGUCCGUCCGAUCCCGAAAGUCCGUUCACAAUAUACCGGUUCAAAGUAAUAUUAUUCGGUGCUGUUUCUUCUCCGUUUAUUUUAAAUGCUGUCGUCAAAACGCAUUUAGAAAAUAAUCUCGACAGCUCUACCGCAGAUGACCUCAGAGAAAACAUCUAUGUGGAUAUUAUUGUUACAGGAACUGACAACACAAUUGGAGCAUCUGCAUACUACAAUGAUGCUACCCAACUUAUGAAUUCAUCAAGAAAGGACAAUGCUCUUGAUUCUAAUUCUACGGUUAACGUUCUUGGAAUCUGUUGGUUAACUGAGUCCGACCAGUUAACUUAUACAAAGAAAGUCGGCUCGCCACAGCCAGUCAGUCUGACUAUUAAACGCGAGGUCGUCAGGACAACCGCUGUCUUGUACGACCCCCUUGGAUAUCUCUCUCCAGUACACAUAAAGGCAAAAUUGUUUGUUCAAGAUUUAUGGAAAAGAAAACUCGCUUGGGACGACCCUGUAGAUGAGAACACACACAAACAAUGGUUUGUUAUCGUUGAAGAUUUAAAUGAAAUACGGAACACUAAAAUAAAACGCCAAUAUUUCAACGAUGAUGGAACUAUAAAUUCACACAUUCAUGACAAUAAGAAUGUUGAAUUACCUGUGUUUGCCGAUGCUAACAGUAAAGCAUAUGGUGCUGUCGCUUAUCUUCGUCGCCAUGACAAUCAAACUUCGCUCGUUAUGUCAAAGACACGUGUAGCGCCCAUAAAAGAAUUAACCAUACCACGCUUGGAAUUAAUGGCGGCUUUAAUCGCUUCUAGGUUGAUGAAAUUUGUGUUCAACGCGCUCAAAGACAAGUUGAACAUUACGAGUUGCACACUUUGGUCGGAUAGCCAAAUCGUCCUGCAUUGGAUAGGUAGCAACAAGAAACUCCCCACAUUCGUUGCGAAUCGCGUCAAAGAGAUCAACCAGUUUCCAUGUAAUUUCAAUUAUUGUCCAACGACCGACAACCCUGCAGACAUGAUAUCUCGCGGAAUACAUGUAUCCGCCCGGAAAUUGGAAAAUUGUGAUCUUUGGUGGAAUGGACCCCCCUGGUUGAGUCAAGGUGACUGGCCAAUCUCUGAUUUAUAUGACAGUGCUGUUCAUCAUAUAUCAACAGCCGACACUUCUGAAGGCGAACUUGAACACACCCCUCAGUCUGACACUCCUACCGAAACAGGAAUCCAGCACAUGGUCGAUGCGAUACGAUACAGCUCUCAAAACAAAUUACUCCGAGUAACUGCACUGGUAUUAAGAUUUAUAUCUAAUACAAGACACAGAAACCAAACACUGAAAAAUGGAUACCUCACAGCUGAAGAAAUUCAACGCGCUGAACACGUGUGGAUUAAGGAUAUACAACAAGCCGCGUUUUAUGAACCCAUUAAAUCUCUACAACAUCAACAGACAAAAAGUGGCUGGCUUGUGAAACAACUUAAACUCUUCAUAGACGAACGUGGUUUACUUCACUGUGGUGGGAGGCUACAUAAUGCUCCCUUACGUACGGACACAAAAUUUCCUAUACUUCUGCCUAAUAAUCACAGGUAUACCGAUCUUCUGAUUCUAAACGCCCAUGCAAGUGUACUUCAUGCCAGAGUACAAUCAACGGUGACUCAUAUCCGUCAGCGAUAUUGGAUCGCGAAAAUACGCCGAGUCGUAGGUAGACUUCUACACAGCUGCGUUACCUGCCGUAAAGUAAGCGGGAAGCCCUACCAGACACCACUACAAGCACCGCUUCAAUCGUGUAGAGUGAAUAUAACUCCGCCCUUUACCGUGACUGGGGUAGACUUCACUGGUGCUCUACACGUGAAAUCUCCUGAGACAGCUAAAAAAACGAAAUCAUACGUAUGCUUAUUCACAUGUGCAGUGACGAGAGCCGUACAUUUAGAACUUAUGCCCAAUCUAUCAACACAAAGUUUUCUUCUCGCGUUUUGCCGUUUUGUCGCCAGACGCUCGUUGCCAGGAAAACUAAUAUCGGACAAUGCUUCUACAGCCGCUAAUGAACUGAAUCAAUUAUUCGACUCUCCGGACGUGAAACAAUAUCUAGCUAACAAACGCAUACACUGGCACUUCAUUCCUAAACGUGCACCAUGGUAUGGAGGUUUCUGGGAACGCCUCAUCGGAAUGACAAAAAACGCGAUCAAAAAGGUAUUAGGGCGAUCCUAUGUCUCGUUUGAAGAAUUACGAACUGUACUAACCGAAAUUGAAACGACUCUAAAUGACCGUCUAAUCACUUAUGUUUCCAGUGAUAUCGACGAUGCUACGCUAUUAACUCCAUCUCAUUUAUUACAUGGACGUCAAAUGACAAUAUUACCUCACCCGGAAAUAAGUGACGAUGAACUCAACGACCCGACCUUCAGUAACCAUGAUGACGUAAACAAACGAUGCGCACAUCUCGCUAGGUUACUCGCGCAUUUCUGGAAACGCUGGACAGCGGAGUAUUUACCUGCACUACCCGAGAAUCACAAGUUAACCGGCAAAACAGACAACAUAAUCAAGGUCGGAGACGUCGUCCUCGUCCACAAUGAUAUUGACCAUCGCAUUAAAUGGCCGAUAGCAGUUGUCGAGGAACUCGUCUACGGAAGAGACAAACUCGUACGAUCAGCGUUUAUUAGAACAAACAAUGGACGUACAAACAGAUCUAUCAACAAAUUAUAUCCACUAGAAAUGAAUGCCGACGUCACAACUAUGGAUAUACCUCGUGUAAAUAUAGACACAACGCAUUUGGAUUUACCUGCUGAUCCUCGACCUUCGGGUAACACCAUUGAACCACGCCCAAAACGGACUGCCGCUGUUGUUGCACGAUACCGUAUCUCGGACAUGAACCAAGUCUAA